UCCUCUCUUCAUUUUUAAUCAAAACAUAGUCACCAACCUGGUGCUUUACAAUGUUUGCUUUGUUUUCAUCAAAUCUCUUUUUAUCGUAAUGGGCGCUCCGAUCAAUGUAUUCUUUGGCUUGUGCUCUAAUUUGGUAUCUAUUACCUCCUCUUCUUCUGUAAUAGGCAACAGACCGAAUAGCCUUCUUUCCCUGCCGAUCACUAAUUCCAAAGGUCUUACUUUAGUGACACGGUUAAUCGCACUUUUAAUAGUGUUAUGGACCUGCAUUUUUCCCGGAGCGUAGCGCCGGCUAGCCGCGGAGUCCCAGGGCGGAGUACCCCCUAUGCCCUGCAGUCCAAACAAUCGAUACCGACUCAUCGGACGUCUCACGUCACUGACUUGACGAUUACCAUCCCUAUCACAAAUUAAAACAAACAAGGUUUUUUUUUACAUCAAAAACUAAGACAAUUGGACGAAAUUCGUGGCUUCGGUGUCCUCGCCACGACGCACCCACCCUUCCUUGGGUGCCCCAAGAAUGAUAUUGCCCCAUCUCCGGCAGACCGGAGUCUAUUCCUGGUGGAUUAGGAUCGGCUCAUCUCCCCGCCCAAGCAACACUUAAGGCCGAACUCAGACCGUCGCCUAAAUGAGAAGUGGUCAAAGCGAUAAUGGAAGGGAAAUUUUUGGACGCUUAAAAAUAAAGUAUUUGGGCAAAAACGACACGGAUGUGAAUUACACGGCACCAAUUUGGAGGCGUUUGCCAACCGGGUCACCUAAUCCUGAGGAGCUCCAAGGGAAAAGAAAGGACGUGCUAAAAGGAGUUCAACGACGGUUUUUGUCGAAGCUGCGACCAGAAGAAGAGACCGCUAGCGGCGAAACCCGAGUCUGCUCGGAGCCAAAUGGUCCGGAGGAUUCACACAGCGUCUGCGCCAGAGGGCCCGGAGGCAGUGCGUCGGUGGUCCCAGAGAUGUCCAGGUGGUCAGCGCGGGUAUUCGUUCCCGGAACGGACUCACCGAGGGAAUCUCCGUAUGUGGCUGACGCGGAAGGCUGUUGAUGCUGCUGAUCGCUGAUGCUGCUGCGCUAAUGCUGCUGCGCUGAUGCUGCUAAUGCUGCUGCGGCUGAUGCCACUAAUCGCUGCCGCUACUGAAGCUGAUCGCUGCUGCUGGAGCGGAUCGCUGCAGCUGGUGGACGACGUGGUCUUAACGACCAGGUUAGGUCCGCCUUCUAAAUUUCCGGGGCCUUUUAGAUAGGGUCCCCGGCGGGUUCAAUAUUUUAAGAAAACACUGUCAUUUACAAGUUUAGGACUAAUAAAUAACUACUCACUUUGAGUUAUCUAAACACUAAUUACGAA